AUGGAUAUUGCUGCUGUAUUUCUAGGUGUCUCAACAAUCAUAAAUAUAGUUUUUAUAUAUUUAUUGCAUUCUGAAAAACCGAGUCAUCUUGGAGAAUAUCGUUUCGUGCUCACAUUUUUUGCCGUUUUCAACAUUGUCUUUUCGCUUUCCGAUUUUUUGAUAUCAACCACAGUUUUCAACUAUAAACAAUCGGGAAUUGUUGUUUUGGUUGGUGGGAUUUUUGCCAAUUCAGAUAUGGCUUGGAAAGAAUGGAUGAUAUUAUUUCGAUGCUCAUUUUAUGGUUUAGGUUAUGCAUUACUUUUAAUUCAUUUCAUUUACCGAUAUUAUGCACUUUUUGGAAAUCAAUCCGUUCUAUCUUUUUCUCAAUUAUCAUUCAUAGCUUUUUUAUUUUUCCUAAUUCAUGGGUCGUUUUGGAUGGUAAUUUGUAGAUUAUUACUAUUUCCAAAUAUUGAAAUGCUUCAAUAUAUUCGACCUGGUUUCAUUGAAACUUUCGGGUUUGAUCCAUCCCAAGCUGCUAUAAUUGGAACUGUUUUGGAUCUGAAUUCGGCUAGCAGUAGUUUAUAUUGGAAAGGAUUAGUUGGAACAAUUAUUUUGAGUUUUGUCUCACUAUAUUCUAUUCUGAGUUAUAUAAUAUUAGGUUACAAAGUUAGUUAGUUAUCCAACUCGAUUUGUGGCAGUCUAGAUAUAUUUUGAUUUUAGAUCCUAUCAAAACUUCGAGAACACCGUGUUAUAUCAAACAGAUUAAAACGUCAACAUCAUCUUCUUUUCCGCUCAUUAGUUAUUCAAACUUUGAUUCCAUGUUUUACCAGCUUUUUUCCGUGUAUUUUAGGAUGGUAUAGUCCAAUAUUACAAUUAGAAAUGCCACCAAAAAAUGGCUAG